GCUGGGGUGAUUUAUUUUCCUCUAGUUACUUCGAUCAAAAGUUAGUCUAAAGCGCAAGUCGUCCAUUCAUUGAAGCAGAAACCAUUGAAUAAAAUCAGUUGUUUAUCAUAUCAGAUUUUUUUGAAUAUGAAUUAAAUGGAUCAUCAUCAUAAUAUCCUAUGAUUUUUUAAAAGAUCUAUACAACACUUACAAGCAUCGCUGUUUGUGGCGUAUUCAAGCACUCAGUUGCGAGCAUAUUUUUCAAAGCAUGCAGGCAUUUUAUUUCGUGGAGGUCUACAUGCGUGUGUGUCAGAAAUGCUAAAACGCUCAGAAAAUAUGAGUAUAAUAUAAUCUUAUAACAGAAUCGAUCGUUUGAUAAACGAGACAAAAGACGCAAGGUUGCGUCGAGUUCUGUCACUUGAUGCAUCAAUGUCGGAAGUUGAAACAUAAAACGUCAAAUGAUAAAAAUAACAGAAUUACCGUAGUCUCUUAGCAUAGGUAACGUGCAGUGAAAUAUGAGUAAAAGUAAACUUAAACUUAAUACAUAAAUGAAAACAUCUUUUUGUGCGCGAAAUCGACUCUCGACAUUUUACUCUCGACAAUUACCUAGACUCGAUAACAUCUUAGCAUUUUGACACAUAAUACAAGUAAUGUUUAUAAUUGUCUGUUGACAUAAAUAUACCAUUCGUAAAUUAUAAGCGGAAUCAUUUAACUGUGCUUCGGUGUCUCUAGCGGAAAUACUCAGAGUUAUAUAAAUGUGGGAUACUGUCCAAUGUAAACAAACGCCUUGCUUACAUUUUGAAUCACUAUAUUUCCAAAAAUAUCGACAAUUGUCAGAUCAUUGCAAAGUCAAUAUGGCUGAUGAGUGUGGUAUAUCGUGCUCUGCUUGUAAUCUUUUUGUGGCUCGAUUGUUCAGAUUACUUUGCACGUUGAUUAUUUCGAAUAUAAGCUAUUUUAAUUAAGUAAUUCAAACUGACCAAUUGCAAUGCAAGAAAUGAACUGAUUUUACUCCCUUAAGGUGCAAACAUCAGUCCGGCCACCCCACAAAUCAGUCGAGAUAAGUCCAAAUGGUUUAUCGACCAAUCAAAUGAGCCGGCUGACCUACCCGAUUCUGCGAGUUUUUUGCGUUUUACCGCUGCUUUGGAUAAAAGAAUAUUGUUUUUCUGAAACUGAACCCUUUAAACUGGACUAAUUGUAAUUCGUAUUAUAAAUUUUUACUGCCAAAAAUACGUAAGUCGCGCGACUGACUGGACCUUCCCUAGAUCCGCCCCUGCGGCCUUGCCUUGCUAUGCAUGAGCAGAAACGAUGUGCAAAACCAUCGUAAUGCCUCUUUCAUCUUGUUUUCUCCCGACAAUAUUGUCGGGGUUUGUUUUAUGAGCCGGGAGGGGUUGCUGUUUAACCGACAUUACAAUGUGUUAUUUCUGUCCACACAACAGGUUUUUUACCCAACAAAGGUUUACGAUUGGUAAUUUCGCGAUACACAUUGUACAGUUCUGUUACCAGUUUUUAUGCAGUGCUGUAUAUCACUGAAAUGGAACGAAUAAACGAUGACGAUGUGCAAAGAGAACAGGCAGAAUCCGGAGGAAGCGAAGAUUCGAGAAUAGAGGAAGAAAAUUUGUUAAAUGUGGAUCCUGAAGAACAUUUGAAAGAGGAUUGGGAAAGUGGCCGUUCGCCUGUGGGUUCGAAAAGCGAAGAGACCCCAUCCGAAAGAGCUGAAAAAAUUGAAGAUGUGGAAAGAAAAUUCACUCAAUCUAAGGAAGCUUAUUCAAACAUGUGUCGAAUGUGGAAACGCGGACGUCGAAAUGCUGUUACGUUACUGAGGAAAUUUGCUGAUGCAAUACAAAAGGAUGAAGAAAAUAGCCGAAUUGCAAAGUUAGCGGGCGCAUCAUCUUCGAUUGUUGGCGGUAUUUUAGCUAUUGGAGGGGCUGUCGCUGCAUUCUUCACAUAUGGCACCUCUCUGGCCGUAACUUCAUUCGGAACUGGUUUGGCUGCUGCGGGCAGUACAACAUUGGCCGGGGCAGAAAUCGUGAAUCAUGUGCUACGUUCUCGUAAUCUGGGAAACGUUAAUGAAGCGUUAAAAAGGGACGGCGAAUUGACUGAAAAUCUGCGGAAGCAGGCAAAUGAGGUUAGACAAAUCGAGGACGAAUUGGAGAAGUUAAGGAAAAAGAGUCUCACCAAACCAUGCAUAAGUAUAGCAACCACAGUUUGCAGCACGGUUUCUACAGCUUAUCAAGUGGGAAAAACAGUUGGCGGCAAGUUGGCGGAGCCAGUUUUGUUUAAGACCUUCAGCAAAAUGUCUAAAAGAUUACAUGUUUUUGGAAUUGUCUUCAACCUUGUAACGAUACCACUUGAUGUUCAUACAUUGAUUAAAACAUCUGUCGAUGUUCGCAACACCUCAAUUGUUGAGAUUGUUAAAGUCAUCCGAGAAAAGGCACAAGAAUUAGAAGACGAAAUUUGGCAGUUCCCAGACGAUCUCGAAUAAGGAAAGCACGCAGCUACAUACGCCUAUGAUAUAUUAAAAUAUGACGUUCUACAAAAAAAACAAUUAGUCAGGUAUAUGCAUGUAAACAAAUAGCCAAACAUAGUAUUCGUAAAGUGAAGAAAAUGGUGUUAUAAUGAUAGAAAUGACUUAAGUUUGUUAUUGUUACUGUUUUGAAAUUAAGGUUUAAAUACCAUUAAACGUUUGCCAAAUGUAUACAGUAUAAAAAGUAAUUGGCAUUAACAUGUGACGUACGUUUAGUUAGGUCUCAAGUUUCAACAUAUAACUAUAGCUAUUAAAAAUAUAUUUGUUUGUAAAAGGACUGUGUGUUUUGGAAACAAUACUAGAGUACGAGACAACCUCGUACCAGGGUCUCCCUUAAAAGUCAUGUGAGAAUUUGCGUACUUUAAAAACACGAUGGUUUAUUUUGAAGAUUUUCCAAAUUUUAUCUGAAUUAUAUCGUGGCAAAAUGCAUAUAAAUGCAGUUAAUUUUUCAUACCAAUGUUUUUUUAUUUGAUGCACCCUGUAAAGCUUCGUUGCAUGCCGUUCUUGUUUGUCUAAUUUAUCCAUGCGACCCCGAUUUGCUUUAGCUAAGUGGUUUUGGGAUACAGCUAGGUCUCGCGAAAUUUCUUAGAAAUCUGCAUUGAACGUCCUCAACAUUCAACAAACAGUAUUAGACAGUGUCAUUGCAGAGAAACAUCUAUAUGCAAAACGACUUUCUGACCAAAUUGAAUAUUUUUUAAUGGAAUGGGCUCUUUCAUUAUAUCCUGACCGAUCCUC